CCUCAAACUCUCCUAACCGUUAGAUCUCCCAAGGAAAGAUAGGGAAAGUAUCCUUUUUUCCUACUUACAUUUAACAACAGCCAAAGAAAGAACAAGAAACCAAAAAAGAAAAAAGAAAAAACAGCAUCGUAUAUCCGAGUUGGACUCUCGUUGUUCCACCUCACACCCCCAGGUACAUCUAGCUUGUAAUGAGUACUUGAUCAUCUGAAAUAAUCAAAUAAACGCGUAUACUUGACUAUUGAAUUCACACCUAAUGGGGGCAGGGGAAGAGAGCACCCCUACAAAGCCUUCAAAAGCUACUUCAACUCAGGAGACACAAGCUACACCUUCAUAUCCUGAUUGGUCUUCUAUGCAGGCUUAUUAUGGUGCUGGAGCUACACCUCCCUUCUUUCCAUCAACUGUUGCUUCUCCUACUCCCCACCCAUACAUGUGGGGUGGCCAGCAUCCGCUUAUGCCUCCUUAUGGAGCUCCAGUCCCAUAUCCUGCUUUAUAUCCUCCUGCUGGAGUUUAUGCUCAUCCUAAUAUGCCCAUGACUCCAAACACUCUGCAGACAAAUCCAGAAUCAGAUAGUAAGGCACCUGAUGGUAAGGACCAGAGUACAAGCAGAAAAUUGAAGGGAUGUUCUGUUGGCAAGGCAGGAGAAAGUGGGAAAGCAGCUUCAGGUUCUGGAAAUGAUGGUGCCACAAGAAGUGCUGAAAGCGGAAGUGAAGGUUCAUCAGAUGCAAAUGAUGAAAAUGAUAACCAUGAAUUUUCUGCAGACAAGAGUAGAAGCUUUGAUCUAAUGCUUGCUAAUGGAGCCAGUGGUCAGAACAAUCCCGCAACAGGGAAUCCAGUCGCUAUGCCAGCAACUAAUCUGAAUAUUGGGAUGGAUUUGUGGAAUGCGCAGUCUGCUGGUCCUGGAAUGAUUAAAAUGCGAUCAAAUCAAUCUGGUGUCUCACCAGCUCCUGGGAUGGGGCGUGAAUGGAUUCAGGAUGAACGUGAACUUAAAAGGCAAAAGAGAAAGCAAUCUAAUCGAGAAUCAGCUAGGAGGUCAAGAUUGCGCAAGCAGGCUGAGUGUGAAGAGCUACAACAUAAGGUAGAGACGUUGAGCAAUGAGAAUCAUGGACUCAAAGAGGAGUUGCGAAAGCUCUCUGAGGAAUGUGAUAAGCUUACCUCGGAUAAUAAUUCGAUAAAGGAAGAGUUGACGAGGUUGUGUGGGCCCGAGGCAGUGUCCAAGCUAGAGAGUAAUGCUAACGCCAUGCAUCUGCAGUCCAAUGCUGAGGAAGCUAAUAGUUAAGGACAAGGCAUGACAGAGUAGGUUAAAAUGCUCACAAAUCUCUUACGCCCGUGAGAAAUCUAUAGCUAUUACGGUGCAUUAGAAUGAGAAAUUUCUGUUGUACUACUAAUUUAUGUCCUGUUAACCCUUUUGUGUGUAACUUGUAACAUUAAUUCAUAUAUCUUUUUUAACCCGGGGUUGAAUCUGAAUCUAUGACAACAUUGUAAAAGUAACUAAAUAGCUGAAUUUAUCUUGCUUCGUUGGUGUAUGUUAUGUUCCUGUUAUGCAGUA